GUAUGCAAACGUCACAGAAUGAUGUCAUCUUUUCGCUUUCCUUUAUGUAUCGGAAAAUUUUCAAGUCAUUAAAAACACGUACCAUGUAUUGCUGAAACGACCACAAAAUUAAAUUAAAAAAUAACUCUGGAAGUUACAUCAAGAUAACCAAGUAUUCGAAAUUUGAACAAGGAAGUAAUUAAAUAAAAUGUAUGUCGUUCUACGAUCCUCUCACAUUAAAUACAAUCGUUCUAGAUUAUUAAAAACUUAUCGACAUUUUCACCAUCAAAAGCAAUGCAUCUGUAAUAUAAAUGUUCAAGUUUUGAAUCCCAAUAUAGCCGAAUCGAAGCGAUUUUACUCGAUAAGCCCCAAUUAUUCAUCCUUCAAAAGAGAUAGUAGAUUACUAAAUGUUCUCAGCCCUAGUUAUAAUUAUGACUUGGUGCGAACAGUUUAUUUGUCAAAUAUCAGAUUUGACAAGGAUCCUUCCAAACCAUCCUCAAAGGUGGAGGUAACAGUACAGGAAAUCAAAAAGAAACAGGAAGAAGAACAGAAGACCAAAGCAACUGCUGCUACCACUACGACAACAGAGGUUGCUAAAGCUGUCGUGAAAAAACCUAUCACCCAGAGAAUUUGGGAUGAAGUUGUACACUACUACCAUGGUUUCCGAUUAUUAUUUAUCGAUGUCAAAAUAUCUUCUGGACUCGUGUGGCGUAUUCUCAACGGAAAAACACUGUCGAGAAGGGAAUACAGACUCCUCACACGCACUGUGGGAGAUUUAUUUCGAUUGGUACCUUUCUCUGUGUUCAUUAUUGUACCCUUCAUGGAACUUCUUUUACCGGUUUUCAUAAAAUUUUUCCCUGGAAUGCUUCCUUCAACAUUCCAAUCAAGCACCGACAAAGAGGAUAAGAUCAAGAAGGGUCUGAAAGUAAAGUUGGAAAUGGCCAAGUUUUUGCAAGGAACAUUAGACGAAAUGUCUGUUCAGCACAAGGAUAGGUAUUCGGAUAGUGCUAAAGAGUUUUUGGACUGGUUCAAUAAGGUUAGAACUUCAGGUGAACAGGUCUCCAAUGAGGAGAUAAUGAAGUUCUCUAAACUCUUUCAAGAUGAAAUUACCUUAGAUUCGCUCUCCAGGAGUCAACUCAUCGCUCUUUGUCGAGUUUUAGAAGUGCAGACAUUGGGAACAAAUAACUUCUUGCGUUUUCAGCUGAGAAUGAAACUGCGAUCUCUUGCCGCUGAUGAUAAAAUGAUUCAGAAGGAAGGUGUCGACAGCUUAACACUCGCCGAGGUGCAACAAGCUUGUAGGUCGAGAGGCAUGAGAGCCUAUGGUCUCAGUGAAGAAAGGUUGAGAAACCAAUUGAGUCAGUGGCUAGAUUUGAGUUUGAACGAAAAAGUGCCUCCUUCUUUAUUACUUCUAUCAAGGGCUCUUAUGCUGCCAGAAACUAUUCCAACUAGUGACAAACUCAAAGCGACAAUAUCGGCCUUGCCAGAGACAAUUGUUAAGCAAACACAAGCUGCCAUCGGAGAAAAAGAAGGAAAAAUCGACAACAGGGUUCGUGCAGAAAUUAUCAAAGAGGAACAACAGAAGAUCGUCGAAGAGCGGGAAGAGCGCAGAGAGGAACAAAAGAAGUUGGAAAAAGACAAAGAAAUCCUUGUGGACAAAGCCCCUAUCGUAUCUACAGCCACCACCCCCAUCCUGGAAGAUACAGCUUUGAGGAUAAGUGCCGAAAAACUGGAGAAAACCGAGAAGAAGGAAGAACCUUUGCAGUCGAAAGACUUUGAAAUCAUCGAACACGCUAUCGACACUGUGUCGAAAGAGAAGAACCUGGUGGUGGAAAAAGAAGAAAUCCAAGAGCUCAAAGCUGAAAUGGCCGACUAUAAAGAGGACGUUGAAGAUCUGGCUAAGGCUGUCGCUUCCCAGCCCAAACCUGAGAUUAAGGAAACCAAGGCCGCCCAACGUCUUUUCAAGAGCGUCAAUAAGAUGAUCAAUAAAUUGGACACUGUGAUGGUCGACCUAGAAAAGAAAGAGAAACAGUUGAAGAAGGAUCUUGAGGUUGAAGCGACCGAUAAGAAGAAGGAGGAGUUGUUGAAAAUUGAUGAUAUCAUGGCUGCUAUCAACAAAUUGAAGGGUGUGCAAGACCAAAGCAAAAUCGAGCAGAUCACGAAUGUUUUGAAGAGGAUGGACGAUGAUCAUGACGGAUCUCUCAAAGUCGAAGAUGUUUUGAAGGUGAUUGAGAUAAUCGGAAAAGAGAACGUGAAACUCAGCGCCAAACAAAUCGAUGAGUUGAUCGACCUUCUGGACAAAGAAGAAAUCCUAGAAGUUGAAGAUAAAAUUGAGAAAGCCUUGCAGAAAGAUAAAGAAGCAAAAGAUGCACAAAAACAGGCGAGUGACCAAUUGAAAGAGGCCGGUGGUAAAGAUUCCCAGAAGAACCCUCCAGAGAGUAAAGGAAAACCAAAAGAAAAGAAGGAACCAUCAGAUAAGUGUGUAGAUGUUGCUGGACCACCUUCAUCGAAACCAAAAAUGGAUUCUCAAACCGUCAUUCCUCCACCNUUAUGGUCCAACUUACUUCAAAUGUAA